CUCAUGAUGGCGUCCAAACGAAAGAGCACGACUACGAUUUUCUGAAUCCAUUUCCUCUGGAUGAACAUCAUAGAGUAAGAUCAUCCGAAUUCCAGUUUUGUGUCGUUAUAAUUUUAAUUACCUCAGUUGCUUGUACGAGGAGUAUCCCCAGUUUUGCUUCAUCAAACUUAAAAUACUCAUUAAUAAUUCAUAAACCUUGUGGCAAAUCGUGUCAGCCAUAAUAUGUCACAUGGAGUGACUUUAUAUCUGAUAAAACUCAUCUUCAUUAGUAUUUUUUAUAUAUUAAUUGUUUAUCCUAGUAAUUAGUAUCGUAUCGUCGUAUCGUAAAAAUUUAUUUCAAGACGCUAGCCACUCAUCAACAUACGUUGGUUUUCAUGAACGGCGUCGUCAAUUUAUAUACAAAGUAUUUACAAGAAAAUACGUAGAAACAAAGAAAAACUAUUUACAAGAGUGCAUGCUGAAUACAGGAUGUGUGAACCAUACAUUAACAUUAGUAACAGAAUCAAAGAUUAAUAUUUUCUUUGAAAAUAUGGAUUGAUCGUGCCUCUUUUGCUUCCCGAGAAAGGCUAUUCCUAAGCUUUGCCCCGCUGUAUUUAAAACCUUUUUUUAGGAAUUCCCUUCUCGUUUUUGGGAGAGCUAAAUCAGUAUAGCUAUUUCUUAAGUUAUAGUUCGCUUGCGUUAAACUACUCCCAGUCAAUGACUCUUUCAAGUUCGGAGCAGUAUAAUCGUUUAGAAUUUUAUACAGAAAAAUGGACUUCAUCUUCUGUGUUCUACUUUUUAAAGCGGAUUCAAUUUCGUAACUUGCGCCAGCAAUUAUUCGAGCUUACUGGAAUGAAAUUGUUAGCCCUCUGCAACAUUGCAAUGCCAGAUCCAACUUUUUUCACUAUCUGUUCGACCUGUUUAUCCCAGUAUGAUUAUAUAAUUUUUCAUCCUCAUUAUGGUAUUCUUUAGUAGUCGUAUUUUAAGCUAUUCAAAACAGGAUCGUUGUCGUGUCUUGUCAGAUAUAAAACGCUCGGCUGCGCCUCGCGUUUUAUAUCUGAUAAAAUACUCCUACUCGUGUUUUAAAUAGUACACAUCAUCUUUAUUACACCUCUGAACAGUUUAAAACUGAUAACCUCGAAUAUAAAAAAGUUAGUUUAGUUUAAGUUUUCUCCUGCAGUAGGACUGGAUCAAUAAGGGAUGAACAACAACUUAUAGAGCUAUCCAGUACAAAUAAAGUUACUUUAGUUUAGGUUUCCUACUGUAGUAACACUGGAUCGAUAAAAGACGAUCCUUACUGGACUUCUUGGGAGAACAGUUUAGAUCUGGUGGAGCUAUCCAGUAUAAAUAAAGUUAGUUUAGUUCAGUUUUCUCCUGUAGUAACAAUAGGAUCAAUAAGAGAUGGCUCUCAUUGGAGUUUUAAGAAGGCCAGUUUAGAAAUGGUGGACUGGUGGAGCUGUCCAGUAUAAAUAAAGUUAGUUUAGUUUAACUACUGUAAUAACACUGGAUCAAUAAGGGAUGGCUCUUACUGGACAUCUAGGAAGAACAUUUUAAAAAUGGUGGAGCUAUCCACUAGGAAUAAAGGUUAUAACAGAAGUCACGAGCAUUUAUGAAAUACGUAAUGCAAAAUUUUCACAUGCUUUUCCAGUCUCGUCGUGAUGUCCUGACAGAAACGAAAUAUGUCGAACUGAUCUUAGUGAAUGAUGACAGUCAGGUAAGUAUUUUGCCUUUGCAAAUAUAUGGGAAGUUUUGAAAAUGCCUAUAACAUAUAUGGAACAAAUCUUUAAUUAAAGCCCCGUUCAAACAUAUUGGUCCUAGCCUGAUAUACCAACCUUAAUCGGAUUGUUCUCCACCCACUCACAGUAAAGUUUAUAAUUUAUUUAAUAUCCAAUCAAAAUAUCCCAGGAGAAAUUUAAAUUUCACACAAAGACAACAUUUGUCUGGAUAGACCAAUCAGAUGAAAAGCCGAAUUUUGGCUUCUUUGUAUGCAGCCAGACAGGGAUUUGUGUCAGGCCAUAUUUUGCCUUCCAUCCACCCGCAUUUAAGAAAGGGAAACUUGAUCCAACAUCAUUGUUGGCCCGUUUGAACACCGCAUGCAGUGUUGGGUAAUCUUGGCUGAUGGAUCAGGUUUGACUUUAAAUGUUUUAUCCUAGUAGUGCUGUCGGAAGCAAAUUAUUAUUGGGGGGGGGGGAAGUGGCUCAACCAGGGGGGGAGGGGUGGGGGGUCGGAGGCCGGCUCCCCCAGAAAAAUUUGCGUUUCCCAAUUCUCGGAAAAGCAUUUUCCGUGUUUCCUGAGAGGAAUGUUUAUCAAUGUUAUGAAUUUCUUGCAUUUAAAAAAUAAAGAUUUUGUAAUUCACUUUAUAACUUUUUACAACUUCAUCCUCCCAGUUUUGAAACAACGUUUGCUCCAUCACUCAAGCUUUACAUUUUAUUUCUUAUUAACUUUAUAAACGUGGUUUUUCCAACGACGAACUAGCUGUUACGGGCCUUACUGAUAAGUUGAUUGUAAUUGCCAGUGCAAGAAAUAAAGUAUGACAAAAAGAUAUAAUCCUCAUGAGUGAGGAAAUUACGAGUGGGCCGCUGAACCCCCCCCCCCCAGAUCCCUUGCUUCCGACGGCCCUGAUUAAUCCAAAAUUGUUCAACAUCGUCCAACACAGUCAGAGUUGUUUGAACGCAGCUAUAAACACUAUCAGUCUGUGCUUGUAAUAUUGUGGAAAAGAAGUGCAACAAAGAUGUGCAUGUUUUUUAUCUUUUUACAGUUUCAACUUUAUGGCGGUGAUAUUGCCCAAACUAAACUCAGAGCUAUCAGUAUAGCUAAUGUUGUUGACUCGGUAAGUGUGAGUCUGUCUUGAAAGCUGCAUUCAGGUCCAUUUAGUUAGCAUUGUCGCGCAGCAGAUCGUGGUCAUCCUGUAGUUAUCAGAGUGAGAUAGUGAUAUUAAUUAUUUGCAUAUGCAACAAGGGCGUAGCCAGCCCAAACGAGCGGGUGUAGAGGUCGGCGAAUACACAGAUCACAAAACACCUAUGGGUUACAGCUGUCCGGGGUUGUCAUUCUCCGGAAAAUCUUUCUAUUCUUAAGGUCUGGAAAGGCUAUUUCAUGAAUUUUAGACACGUUUUAUGAUAAUAUGAAAGUCACAGAUUUGGUAUUUUUUUAUACCAUAGAUGAAAACAUUGCGAGGUUACGCCUCACCCCCCUCCUCACCCCCCCCCUCACCCACUCCAGUUUCGUCUCAGUUUUGGAAGAAUUACAAAAUUUGCCCUGAGGAAGGAAUUCAGGAUCAGCCUAUCCCCGCCCCCACCCCCAUGGCUACCCCUUUGGUGGCCAAUUGAAAGUUGUAGUUUAAUGUCUUGUUCCUUGGCUGUAAAUGUCAACACGUCUGACGUUCACCAUAUGUGUACCUCAUUCUAAUUACACCAAACUAUCAUUUUAGAUUUACAAAGUUCAUAAUAUCAGGAUUGCUUUGGUGAUGGUUGAAACCUGGACAAAUGGUGAUCGGAUAUCGGUGGUGACGAAUUCCAGUACAACAUUGGCAAAUUUCAGAAACUACAAAAGAGUUUCCUUGGAUGUUAGUGAAGAAACAAGAGAUAACGAUAAUGCUCAGUUACUUUCGUAUGUGAUUUCAUCUGUCAUUUUCAUACUUUCAAAUGUGUGCAUGUGGUAUUGUAGCCCAGGGCUUAGCUGUAGAGAGAAGGGGAUUCCAAAUUCCUGGGCCUUGAGUGCAAGGGUGUAAAUAAAUAAUAAAAUAACAAAUAAUAAUAAUAAUGGUUUAAUAGCACUUCCACAUUGUGGCUAUUCUAUGCUACAAAAGGUUACAUGCAUACAUUAUGACAACAUUAACUUACUACAAUAUUAUAGUAUAUUAGAGACCUAUACUUUACAAGAGAUAAUCAAACGACAAAAACGAAACGAAACAAUGGACACAUUACGUAACAAUAUAAACACGUUGUAUUGCAUACUAAAUGUUGCUAAUUUUGUUUAUUGCUAAGUCUCUGAAAUGAGCGAAACAAUUUCGGCAACACUCUCUAAAGUAUCCUGUGGGAAGAAUCUCUAAGGAAAUCCUGUGGGAGGUGGGAUGAGUUUCCCUCACUUUCUGGUCAUUUGUAAUAUAAUAUGUCUGUUGACAGGCUUUGUUCCCCCCAUAUUUGGAAUGGAGUUUUCCUCUUGCUUUAUGGACUGUGUUAGUAGCUGUACUUAUAAACAAGAUUAAUUUCUUAUUGUAGUAGCCUUGUGUUGUAGAGGAUGCUGUAAGGGCCAUCCCUUAUUGCCAUGGUGAUACUAUAGAAAGAAACCAGGGUACCAAAUGAAACCUUGCGGUGUUUGGUAGAAUUAUGAAGCAUCCUUGUAACAUGCGACAAUAUUGUGGAAAUGGUGAAAUACAUUUGUACUAAUGAUUCUGUCACUAACAUUCCUAGACCUGGUUCAGCACGUGUUCCUCGUGUUUUACCACAUGUUCUAUAUAAUCAUUGGUUAAUUACAGGCAAACAAACUAUGACGGGAACGUCGUGGGUUUGGCAUAUGUAAGAACAAUCUGUGACUCGGACUUCUCUGCUGGUAUUGAUUCGGUAGGUCGCUAAGCCUUUGUUAAUUGUUAAUAUGUUAAAAGGGUUAUAUUAGGGUAAUCAUUGGGAUCAAGAGAAAUCUAUUUGUGCGAGAAGAAUGACGAUACUGCCAACGAUAUCAUUUGACGAUUUGAAACAUCGUUCAAAAAUUGUUAUUUCCCUCUACAAAUCUCUUCAACAAUUAGUUGUUUCGAGUGAGAUGCUCAAAAAAUCCUCAUAUUUACCCAUACAUCUUACAUUCUCAUCACCUUUGUAUACAGUAUGUGCAUGAACUUGUGGUUAGAGCUCGUCAACUGGACUCUGUAACUCAGUUGGUUAGAGCGUAGACUUGGAUCAAGUCCGUCUCUCAAGAGUAGAGCGUUGCACCGGAAUCGCAAGGACGCAGGUUCGAUUCCAGCCCCAGGACCGAUAGUUGCACAUUUCGCAAAUGCUCCUGGUUAUAGGUCUAGUAAAAUGUAUAAAAAUUCUAAUCGAAAUUUUCAUCUACAAAACCCCUCGACAACUGAAUAAACAAUAAUGUUCCUGGAUUAAGCUAAACAUGAUUUGAAACAUGUUGCAGGGUGCAUGACAUUUUCCUAUUUGUAUCACACAGGAUACGCAUUCUAAUGCAGCAUUCACGGGUACUGUAAUGGCGCAUGAAAUGGGACACAAUUUUGGUCUCUUACACGAUGAUGGUAAAUUAUUUUCUUUAAUUUUUGUUCUCCUUUUUUUGUUACGCUAUUCAACACCAUCCUCCAUACCAAUAUCACUGCAAGAGUUGUUGUGAAAAUAACACUAUUUUUGUUUUCUUAAGGUUGCGAGACGUGUCCAUCAGAUAGGUGUGUUAUGAGCGCUUUCCUAAGGUGACUUCUUUUGUCAUUAAUCCUAUCCGGACUGGGAUACAUUUAAAUGUUUAAAUGUAUGGGAAAUUAAUAGGAUUCGUUUUACAAUCUUUGUCAAAAUCGUACUUCACGUACGUUAUCAUGGAUUCCAUUCCAGACCCUCCAAGAAGCAACAAAGCGAUGAAGGGCGUCCAAGCCGUGCAGUGUUGUUCAAAUAUAUUAUUACACUUAUGUUGUCAUGGCAACAAACUAUGAUGUCAUUGUGCCGCCAUUAAUUCGGACGUUUGGAAUUUUCAUUUUUAAUUAACAGUGUGGAAAUUUAGUGUUGGUAGGUGUUUUCCACACAUAAAGCCCAUAAAUAUUGGUUUAGGAGUUUCAAAAUCAGCGCGAGCACUUUUUCACCCCCCCUCCCUUCGAAGGCCCUUUGUUAGAAGAGUUAGCCAGGAAAUUAACACUAGCUGUGUUAGUUUGAUUAUAUAUGAUUCCAUUAGAACAUGAUUACACACACUCAGUCAAUCAAUCAGAUCUCAGUAUUUUAGCGAUAUAUAUCCUAUAAAGAAACUGUUUCAUUCUGACUUCCUAGCAAUUACAGUGGGCCGACAUAACUGAUCAGUCGGCUCUAUAAUGGAGCAUACUAAUGAGGGAUUCAACAAAAGAUAAACAAAGCAAAACAAAACCAGUUGUUAGUAUUCUCUAUAAUAGAGCAUACCAAUCAGAUAUACACCAUACUAAUCAUAGUUUAAAGAUAAAGAGCAGAGCCCAGCAACUUAUUAGCUAACGUUUCGUUGUUUACAAUACAACAUCUUCAGACCAAUCUAAAUGAAUUUACAGGGUAUGGUAUAUAUAUAUUUACAAAAUAAUGGUUUAAUAUUACAAAAACGAUUUGAAUAGAAAGAAAGGAAAACAACUUAUCAGUGACUUAUUAAUUAGUAAAGAUUAAUGUUAAGUACAUGGUUAGUAUAUAAACACAUGCACAAACACCCAGUCUCCGCUUCUGAUUUAAAUAUUCUAUCAUCAGGCACUUCUGAGUGGGAUCUUCUUAUCCGUGAAAGCCUAUUAAUUUCUCAACUUAACCCUGUCCUUAAUGCUAAUAUUAGAUCUACCUCUCUUGAGUUAUUUUAGUUAUGUAAUAUUAACCUUAACUAUAUACUAACCAUGCACUUAACAUUAAUCUUUACAAAUAAAAUAGUUACUGAUAAGUUGUUUUCCUUUCUUCCUAUUCAUUCGUUCUUUCAAACUAAGUAACCGUUUUUGCAAUAUUAAACCAUUAUUUUGUAAAUAUACCAUACCCUGUAAAUUCAUUUAGAUUGCUCGGAAGAUGUUGUAUUGUAAACAACGAAACGUUAGCUAAUAUUUUUUUUUACUUUUAAUAUGUUUGGUUUUAAACUUAUUUGCUGGGCUCUGCUCUUUAUCUUUAAAUUAAGAUUUCCGCCUGGUGAAUCAAUUACCACACUAAUCAGUUCAACAAAGUCACUGCGAGUAUUAAUCGAAAACAUAUAAUAAAUUAAAAAUACCUCCGAUAAAUAUAAAGAAAAAAAUAUUUUUCGUGGAUGUGAUUAUGUUCUAAGUCGGCUAGACAAUGAUCACUUGUGUUCAGUGGAAUAUACAUUUCCUUGAGUUAGACAGACUCUCGUGUCCGUCCAACUAAUGUUCUAAGUCGGAUAAACAAUGAUCACUUGUGUUCAGUGGAAGAUACUCUUCCUUGAGUUAGACAGACUCUCGUGUCCGUCCAACUAAUGUUCUAAGUCGGAUAGACAAUGAUCACUUGUGUUCAGUGGAAGAUACUCUUCCUUGAGUUAGACAGACUCGCGUGUCCGUCCAACUAAUGUUCUAAGUCGGAUAAACAAUGAUCACUUGUGUUCAGUGGAAUAUACAUUUCCUUGAGUUAGACAGACUCUCGUGUCCGUCCAACUAAUGUUCUAAGUCGGAUAGACAAUGAUCACUUGUGUUCAGUGGAAGAUACUCUUCCUUGAGUUAGACAGACUCUCGUGUCCGUCCAACUAAUGUUCUAAGUCGGAUAGACAAUGAUCACUUGUGUUCAGUGGAAUAUACACUUCCUUGAGUUAGACAGACUCUCGUGUCCGUCCAACUAAUGUUCUAAGUCGGAUAGACAAUGAUCACUUGUGUUCAGUGGAAUAUACAUUUCCUUGAGUUAGACAGACUCUCGUGUCCGUCCAACUAAUGUUCUAAGUCGGAUAGACAAUGAUCACUUGUGUUCAGUGGAAGAUACACUUCCUUGAGUUAGACAGACUCGCGUGUCCGUCCAACUAAUGUUCUAAGUCGGAUAGACAAUGAUCACUUGUGUUCAGUGGAAUAUACAUUUCCUUGAGUUAGACAGACUCGCGUGUCCGUCCAACUAAUGUUCUAAGUCGGAUAGACAAUGAUCACUUGUGUUCAGUGGAAUAUACAUUUCCUUGAGUUAGACAGACUCUCGUGUCCGUCCAACUAAUGUUCUAAGUCGGCUAGACAAUGAUCACUUGUGUUCAGUGGAAUAUACAUUUCCUUGAGUUAGACAGACUCGCGUGUCCGUCCAACUAAUGUUCUAAGUCGGCUAGACAAUGAUCACUUGUGUUCAGUGGAAUAUACAUUUCCUUGAGUUAGACAGACUCGCGUGUCCGUCCAACUAAUGUUCUAAGUCGGCUAGACAAUGAUCACUUGUGUUCAGUGGAAUAUACACUUCCUUGAGUUAGACAGACUCUCGUGUCCGUCCAACUAAUGUUCUAAGUCGGAUAGACAAUGAUCACUUGUGUUCAGUGGAAUAUACACUUCCUUGAGUUAGACAGACUCUCGUGUCCGUCCAACUAAUGUUCUAAGUCGGAUAGACAAUGAUCACUUGUGUUCAGUGGAAUAUACAUUUCCUUGAGUUAGACAGACUCGCGUGUCCGUCCAACUAAUGUUCUAAGUCGGAUAGACAAUGAUCACUUGUGUUCAGUGGAAUAUACACUUCCUUGAGUUAGACAGACUCUCGUGUCCGUCCAACUAAUGUUCUAAGUCGGAUAGACAAUGAUCACUUGUGUUCAGUGGAAUAUACAUUUCCUUGAGUUAGACAGACUCUCGUGUCCGUCCAACUAAUGUUCUAAGUCGGCUAGACAAUGAUCACUUGUGUUCAGUGGAAUAUACACUUCCUUGAGUUAGACAGACUCUCGUGUCCGUCCAACUAAUGUUCUAAGUCGGCUAGACAAUGAUCACUUGUGUUCAGUGGAAGAUACAUUUCCUUGAGUUAGACAGACUCUCGUGUCCGUCCAACUAAUGUAUGAUUCCAGCUAUAGACGAAAUUUUGAUCUAAACAAGAAGAACGAAAUCCAUUACCAUAGCUGAAAAGAGCAUCUUCAAAUGAGUAAAAUUGCAAAGUUUGGUUGCGAAUUGUUGUAAAAUGAGGAAGAUAUAGCCCUGUGAAGUUCGUAAAUUUUGUAUAUAUUUGCAUUACGCGCGGGAAAAAUAACCAUUUUUGAGCCGAAAGUGGUUAUUUUUACCACGCCUAAUUCAAAUAUAUACAAAAUUUGCGAACUUCACAGGGCUAUAUAUUCUUCAUUUUACAACAUUUAGCAACCAAUUUUUGCAGUUUACUCAUUCGACGACGCUCUUUCAGGCUGUGAUGCUGAAUUUCUUGUCUUGAUCAAAAUGUAGUCUAUAGCUGGAAUCAUCCAUUCUUGGAAGUUUGUCUUCCACUAAAUACACGUGCUCAUUGUUUAUCCGAUGCGAAUAUACAAGAAUUCUCUGCUUAUUCUCUACUUAAGAGAAUUGGACUAAAAGAUUUCCCUAAUUUCUCCAUUACGUAGUAUACCUAAGAACUUACAUAUAUUAUUUACAACAUGAGCGGCCAUGUUGUGUCGGAUAUACAAACUCUGGUCUUCGGCUCGAUACAACAUGGACGCGAAUGAGAACGUUCGUUCAUUCGUAUACGAAUAAUAUUUGGAGAGAAAAUUGUACUUAAAGUUUAUGUAAAUCAGCAUGAUUUCUGUAUCAGAUAUAUAGAAACUCCUUCACGCUCAUGCUUUCUUUUGUGUUUUCUUCAUGGAUUAUUAAUGAGUUUCACAAAUAUUUUUACUAAAUAACAUUUUAAAUAUGUUUAGCUCAACACCACCAGAGCAAUUUUCCCAGUGCAGCAUAGAUGAUCUUCAGACUUUACUUUUGAAUAAUGUUGGGCAUUGUCUCUUCAACCAACCAACAAAGGUAUAUUGUAAAAUAUUCUCUAUCCAGUUUCCGUACAGGUUUAACAAAAGAAACAAAUGAUAUAUAUAUAUAUAUAUAUAUAUAUAUAUAUAUAUAUAUAUAUAUAUAUAUAUAUAUAUAUAUAUAUAUAUAUAUAUAUAUAUAUUAUAUACAUAUAUAUACUAUAUAUAUAUAUAUAUAUAUAUAUAUAUAUAUAUAUAUAUAUAUAUAUUUAUCACAUACUUGUACCUUUAUCAGGUAGGAAGCAGCGGGACAUAAAAACGAUAUCGUCCCGGAUAUCGUUUUUUGUCCCGGAUAUCGUUUUUUGUCCCGGAUAUCGUUUUUUGUCCCGCUAAAUUUCGCGCGUUGUCAAAACAAAGAUGGCCGACUCGAGGUUCGUGUUGGUUGAUGUCGACAGUUUAUCGAAGAAAACACAACGAUAAUACAAAAUGAAAGAUUUAAAUUGUAUAUUAUUUAUUUGAAUGGUCUAUUUAUUUUCUAAAAUCAUAUUUGUUCAGUAAAUGAUGAAUUGUUUUGAAUUCUAAAAUGAUCCUAUUUUUUCAAAACUGUUUACUUUUGGGUGUCAAACCCUGAUAAAGGUACAAGUAUAUAAUAAAUAGGUUAUCGUACUCGGGAUUCGGUGAUAUCAGUUUUAUCGCUCUCGUGACGAUAUCACAAUUGUCCCUCGCUCGCUGCGCUCGCUCGUGACAAUUGUGAUAUCAUCCCUCGAGCGAUAAAACUGAUAUCACCUUAUCCCUUAUAUGAUAACCUAUAUAUACGUACACUUUUAUAACCAGGAACAGUUGCGAUAAAUGGAGAAAAAACCUUUCAAGUUGACCUUCACUUCAUAACGUGCACACCCGACAUAUAUAUACAAGAACCAAUUGUUCACUCUCGUCCGGAAUCCAAGGGCAGUAUACAGGUUCAAUUCCUGCCAGAGCCGAACAUAGUGCUGCCGUUUCUAGUUAGGUGUAAAAAUUGGGCACAUACAGUAGAUGCUGUGUUAGAUUAUCCACCAAACUCAGCAUUCUAGUUCAACCAAGUGAAGUGCAAAACACAUCUUUUAGGAUGACAAUUUUUUAAUUGUGUGUGUUUAUAUUAUGUACUCAGGUGAAUAUGAUGUUUGUGAUGUUAUUCUGAGUGUGCAUCCACACCGGGCAAGCUGAAAAGUUUGCCUGACCACGGUGGGAAUCGAACCCGCGACCUUUGGGAUACUAGCCCAAUGCUCUCUAAUUAUAUCACCAACUCGAACCGACUUGACCUCGUAGCUCAGUUUGUAGAGCAUUGGACUAGUAUCCCAAAAGUCGCGGGUUCGACUGAUGUGCUAAGUGAAACCUACCUUACUACGUUUAACUGAGGUUUGUUUACGGGAAAUCUUGCGAGUUUUAAAUAUUCUUUUUUAUCCCAGCUGGCAACAGACCCAGCCUGUGGCAAUGGUUUCGUGGAGAAUGGAGAGGAGUGUGACUGUGGUACACAAGAG